CAAUGUCCAGGUUACUAACGAACAGAGCUCGCCUAAAAAAGUAAUAUUAGCUAAUUACGUAGCUCAUAAAUGACGUUAUCUUGCUUUCAAAAUGAGCACAGGUUCAACCUGACCCACAACAAUUCAAGGAAGCUGAAAGAUUUUCUUUUGCACCCCGACCCGGAGCUCUUCCUGGGUUACGACCGAUCUCCCUGAAAGAGACCAAGGAUAACUUUAGGUACUGUUCGCGGGGGGAUUAUCAUACAAAGCUGAUACAAAAGCCUCACCUAUUUUUUGUUUUAUUCGCUUAAAUAACGUAUCUGUUGCCAAAUUAUGUAUGACAUUCAUCUAAAACUUUAUACUGUAACGUUAACUUUCAAAACCGUGUUAGCCAUCACUGAUGUAGAUAACUGUAAUCCUCACUAAUAUUAAAUCCGUUUUAAAGCAACGAUUCUAAGUUAAUGUGGGAGAACAAACACUAAUGUGUAUUUGCAGUGAUACAACAUGCAAUGAACCGUAACCACCUACCACUUGAAACCCCAAGUUCGCACUAGAGCUAUAACUAAGGGUUAUUUUUAUUAUCAAUUAAUCUGCCGAUUACUUUGUGGAUUGAUCGAUUUACCAUAUGGUGCUUUCGUUGCAUGUCUUGUUUUGUCAGUCUAAAACCCUCUAAUAUUAGGUGUAAUAUAGUAUUAAACAGAGCAAAGCAGGAAAUCUUCAUAUUUGAGAGGCAUUUUCUGCCAUUUUUGCAUGAAAUUUUUACAAUUAAUUGAUUAUCAAAUAAAACUGAUAAUCAAAGGCACCAAUAAAAAUCAAGAAUGAUAAUUACAUUUUAAGGUGCGGUCAUCUACUGAUACAAAUUGACAGAUUGUGAUCACAACUAAACAAAACAUAUUAUGCAGCCCUAAUCUGCAUAUGACAUGGUAAACACAGCUCAAGCCAAUAACUCCUAUAUUUACAUUUUAUUUUCCUGAUUCUUCGUUAAUGCCUCUUAAUACCAGUUAAUUCUGAUAAAAAAAAAGUUUCCACCAUAAAUCUUCCUUGACUUUGCAACCCUAGGCAUACAGUCAGUACCUUACGAACUACUGCUGCAUGAUAUCAGAGAUCCAGUAUCUCUGAUGGUACCCACUCAGUCCGACUGGACUCGGCGUUCUGCGCAUGCGCCACUUCUCCUUCGCGGGCUUUCACCCGGAUGAAGAAGGAGAUGACGUAGCAGCAGUUCAGUUCAUACUAGUGCAGUUAGAUAUUAUAAUCAUGUAUGUAAUAUCUAUGACAGCAACCCCGGGAAAAGCUAACCAACAAACACCAUGGCGACCGAGAAGCAGAAGAUACACUUCUGGUCGGACGAGGAAACUAUAUUCAUGCUCCAGCAGCUAAAGGAGCUUAACAUUUUGAAGUAUUUGGAUGGUCGGAAAACGCGGAACGGGAAAAUAUUUAUAAAAACUUCUGAGCGACUGAAUGAGGCCGGUUUCAUCAGGACGGCAGAACAGGUCCGCGUCCGAUGGAAGCACCUUAAACACAACUACCACAACGUCAAGAAAACAGAUGAAUACAAUCGUGUGUGGCCUUUUUGCGACAUACUGGAAGAACUGCUUGGAAAUAACAUCUUGUCCAAAGCUGGAGACCACGAUGUGGACAUUGGAUUAAACACAGACUGCUCGAUGGACGUCACUUCAGCUGUCUCAGACUGCGUUGGCGUCUCAGCUCCUGCACAUCCCUCCAUGGACCCUGCACUACGUGAUCAUGAUUACUGCAUGGUGGGCAGCAGGAAGAAUGUGCAGGACAAGACGACUCAGUGUGGUGAUUUUAGGUACUCCAUGCUUCAAAACAACUCUGAUGCUUUGCGCCACACUGGUAUAUCCCUGGAGGUAUUUGACAUUCUUGUGUCAACACUGGAAAAAAAUGUGAGCAAUGCAUUUCCAAUGUCAGUGCAAGAUCAAGUUCUCAUGACACUGAUGAAAUUAAGGACCAACCAUGUGACAGGUUAUCUGAGCAAGCAGUUUUUUAUAUCAGAGAGCAUGGCUAGCAAGAUCAUCUCAUAUUGGAUUGACAAACUGGAUGAAGUUUUGCGACCUCUGAUUCCGUGGCUUCCAAGAGAAACUAUUCAAGCAACCAUGCCUGUAACAUUUAAGGAGAAGUUUCCUAAUACCACAUGUAUUGUUCACUGCACUGAUUGCCUCUUACAAAAAAACCAAGACCUUGAUUCAAAAGGGGAAUCAUACAGCCAUUAUUAUGACAAAAUGAAGUACCUGGUCGCUGUUGCUCCAUGUGGACUUAUCAUGUUCGUCUCUACAGCAUAUCUAGGUCAAUGCACAGACAAAUAUAUAACUUUUGAGUCAGGAUUAUUAGACUACUUAAUGCCUGGAGAUGAGGUCAUGGCAGAGCAUGGCUCUUCCAUAAAAGAUCUGCUGUUUAAUGAGAAAAAUGUUAACUUAGUAAUGUACUCUUUCAGAAAUGAGGAACAGGACACAUACAUAGGACAAACUGCACAUGUAAUAGUUGAUGUUGAAAGAGCAAUCACACGCUUGAAAGUUUACAAGAUUUUAACACAGGUGGUUUCAAACACCAUGGCUCUUCAAAUAAACAAGAUCCUGAGAAUAUGUUCUGCUCUCGUCAAUUUAAGGGAGGAAUUCAUUCGUGACUCACAUUGAUGUACCAGUGAUCAACAUGAGUGGACUGUAUUAGCACGAAUGUCAAGAACAUUAUGCAGGACCAACUAAUGAAUCUGUGCAGUGGUGACAUUAAAAUCUGAAAUGGUUCAAGAGUUCUCUGAGAAAUCUUAAUAAAAAGACAUAUUUCAAAUUAAAGUUUAGUAAACUGUAGUAGUAACAACACUAAAGAAAUGUUUGUGCUGCAGUUGUUAUGGAGAAUGCAGGUGAGCCUACCUUGAGGAUCAUGAAUCAGGUGAAUAGCAGAGAAAUUAAACACUUCAGCUUCCCUCUUUUUGUUUCUGCCCAAAGAGUUAAAAACAAUUAACUAAGUGCAUUUGAACACAAAUGUGACAAUAUGAGCUAUGACCCUGAGUGGUUAUGACUGUUACCUUGAGGACUUUCAUCUCCUUUUCCAGCUUCUUCUUGUUUUUGGAGGUUUUCUUGCCGGUGGAGUAUCUCACCUUCAGGUCUCGCACUGAUGGCCCCUCCUCCUCAAAGAAGAUUGAUUCUUAACAAACACAUUUGUAUAUCUUAUCAUGUACAUUGAACAAAAAAAUCACUCCCUUCCAGACUGAGAGAAGCAUCCUUUCUCUAACUACUUUAUAUAUUUUUGGUACUUGCCUCUGAGUCUGAAUCACUGUCAUCAAAACAUAAGGAGUUGUGGAUUUUAAGUGAGCAGUUUUUGUUUUGUUGUGCAGAAUGUGAAAAGUGCAUUUAGUGCCAGCAUUUUAUUAAACAACACAAUCCUGGUCACUUUUCAUAUUUACAUUUGUUUAUGUAGUAUUUACGUUUGUUUAAAGUCUAACUUGUUUUGCUUGGAACAUGAAAAAUCUGUAACCACCUUUUAACAUUUAAUGUCAUGGGCUUUUUAAAUAUGACGCGUUCUGUGAAUGUUUUGUACUUCUCAUUGGUAGUAAAAUACACUGUAGCCAACA